AAAGUGUGUAUCGAUUAUCAAUCGUGUUUGUGUACAGUCUGUGUUAAGUUAUGACGUCUGUCUUUUAGCUAAGUAACUGGAUAUUAAUAUUAUAAGAAUAAAAACAGUUAUAAUUUUCUAGUUUUAGAAAACUACUGCGUGAUGUGUUCGAUGCGAUGGUUCCUUCUCAAAAGUUGUAUAUUUGGAGUGUACAUUUCAAUCACAGAGGCAAAUGUUUCGCUUAAAACAUCUGAUGGAAAGACGACUUAUUUAAUAGACUCUACAGUGGAACUCGUUUGCACAAUAACUUCUUAUAAUAAUGAGAUGACUUGGUAUGUUGACAAUGUCCCCUACGCCGACUGUUUUCUAGGGACAUGUGGCCCUUCUCCAAACAAACCAUAUACAUUCCAAUACACUUUUGAUGAAACUGCAGGGGUAUUCAACCUCACUAUAAGUUCAGUGAAUUUUUCUCACGCAAAUCUGACAUUUGUUUGCGACGAUGGAACACAGAGAGACACAAUUUCUUUUAAUGUUACAACAGAUAAAGGACAAAACCAUUCUUCCACCUCAAACACUAGCAACUCACCAACAAAAUCAGACAUAAACAAUCAGACAACAGGUACCGGAACAAAACUUACAACUGUUCCUUUUAACAUUUCACCAGUGUCAGUCCUACCAAAAACUACACCUGUUACCCCUGUGUCGAAAAUAGACAAGAAAUUAUCUUAUUUUGUACUGUUUAUUCUUUUAGCUUUUGUUGUUUUAAUAUUUUCUAUGGUAACGUUGUUUUACCUUUUUCUUCUUAUAAAAACAGGGGAGAAGAAAGAGUAACUAUAGUCUGUCCCAUUAAAAAUGGAAAUGAACUUUUGCCUCGUGUGAAUUAACAAAACGAGGUUGAAUAAAAAUUAAACUAUUUUUGUAAACUAAAAAAAAGUCACCCUCGAGAUUUUUCAGGAUUUUUCUCUAAAGUGUCUACUUUUCUUGUGAAAGCAAAUUUUGAUUUCUCUAUGGCAAAUCUCUGUUGUAUAUUUUCCGUAGCCAUUGCCGAAGUACUCUUCAUUUGAAGAUGAACGGGAGAAAGCACGUGUUAUGUUUCUUAAAUGUACAUGAGGUUCUCGGGGUCGUUUCAUGAUUAUUUUACAAAGCUGGAUCUACAAGAUGUAACAGUUUAGUUGCAAUGCAUGAUGGAAAACUUAAAAAAAAAAAAAAAAUAAGCAACAACAACACCGAGUCAGACGGAGUAGGAAAAGAAAUUGCACUUACUUUUAAGCUGAAUAGAAUCCCUAUGAAUUUCGAAAUAGAUCUUUAUAUGAACGUCACCACAAAUUUGCAUUCUGAAGAUUCCUUCAUUGCAAGUUUCUAUCCAGUUCCGUAGCUUCAGAACUCCUGAAUGACAUGACUCCUACACUUAUGGUGAUCCAGAUUUUUUAAACUGUUAAUCCGUCUCUUUAUUAAAACAUUGUUAAAUUUGUGGAGUUAUCUGGGUUAGCAAAUGAAACACAUCAUAAUUCAGCAUGUUCCAAAUCCAUAAUUCAAGAACGGCCCAUAAUUUUAGUUGUUAACAUCACAAUGUUUAUAACUCUUGAAAAUGGAUUCCUGACGAAAAAAACUUUAUUACGUCAACAACAAUUUACGAAAUAUAUGACGUAACAAAAAUGCCUCGCGCUUCCAGUUGCGGCAUUGACAGAGGGCGGUUAGGCCAAUGUAACCUCAAACAAAUAAUUUCAAGCGUUGAGAUAAAUAUGCCUUGGUUGCAUUUUAAAUAAUUUUUGUAGACCCAAAUUUUGAAACUUAACUGUAAAAAUUACACCUUCAAUUCAUAUAUUAAUAAUAAAACUUUCGAUAACAUUUAAAUAAUUUUAAACACACUUAAUGACAUGAAUCUAUAUAACAGUACAAUACUUCUUCCAUUAAUUACAUAUAACAUUCGUUAUGAUUUUAUGUUUUUAAACUAUUUUAUAUAUUUCUCAGAAAUGAUUUCCCUACAUAUUAUCCCUUAUUAUUAAAGACUUCUGUAAAUCCUACUCUUUAAGUUACAAAAUAUACAAUACGCGUGCGUUUUUUUUUCUGCCGCGAAAAAUAUGCUAGAUCUAUUGUUUUUUCACUGAAUCUUUUCAAAUUUUAGGAAGGCUAAAAUUAUUGAGGUUCUCUUUGACUCUACCUCCCCUUCAUAUUAUCAUAAUAAUUAUAUGUUAGUCUUAGUCUGCAAUAAAAACCGCACUUAUUGUCGCUUAUUGAACACUCCAAUUCAAACUUAUUCUUAAUAAUAUCAAAUCACUACCGGUAUUUCUGGACAUUUUGUUGAAUUGUGAGACGGAAAGUUAAAUCUGUAUUUACGAGCUUAAAGUGUAUAGGCCUACGUUUGAUUGCUCAAACUAGAAAGCGUGAUAUUAUAUUCUUAUAAUUUACAUUUUCCUCGGACUCGAGUCUAUGUUCUCUCGUUAGCGAGGGGGUAAGUUAAAGUAGACACUGUGGUUACAAGCAAACCAAUGCUGAACGUAUAGUGAAUCAGUUCUCUUUUCUAUAUAUUUCUUGUCAGAUUUGCAUGAUAAUGUAUUAUUUGUUGGCGAUUUCUUGUGAAGGAAAGGUUUAGCACACGAACAUCGCACCCGAAAUAAGAAGGGUAACAUAUUUUUGUAUCUCAUCGAACCUGGUCAAUUCUAAUUAUUUUUGAAUAGACGUGACACAUACUAAUGGGCAUAAUUCAGACAACUACAGAAUUAUGUAAAUUAAACAUUAAUUAGCGAAUAACCAUUUUAAAAUUAUAGUCUUCUAGCU